AUGACAACAAUUAAUUCUAAUAAUGGUGAUGGGCAAACAUCACCCAUGCCUGAAGCUAAUGGUCAGAAACCCGAAGAUGAUAGAAAAUUAUUUGUUGGCGGUUUAACAUGGGAUACAACCCAAGAUGAUUUACGCGAAUAUUUUUCUAGUUUUGGUAAUAUUCUUGAUUGCUCAAUUAAACAUGAUCCAACAACAGGACGUAGUCGUGGUUUCGCUUUUCUUGUCUUUGAUAGAAAAGAUAUUGUCGAUAAAAUUCUUUCACAAAAUGAACAUUUUGUCAAAGGUAGAAAAGUCGAUCCUAAACCUGCACAUCGUCGGUUGGCUGCGACAAAUAAUAAUCAUAUGUCAGCAACGUCAUCAUCAUCAUCAUCAUCAAAUUCAAUAUCAAAUAAUAAUCGUAAAGUAUUCAUUGGUGGUCUCGAUCCGAAUUUUUCUGAUGUACAAUUACGUGAAUAUUUUUCAAAAUUUGGUACAAUUGAUGAUAUUGAUUUACCAUUUGAUAAAGAAAAAAAUGAACGACGCCCAUUUUGUUUUAUUUCAUUUCAAAAUGAACAAUCAGCUCAAGAAGUACUUCGAUUACAAAGACAUACGAUUGGAGAUAAAACUGUCGACGUCAAACGUGCAAAACCAAAAACUUUAAAUAAUCAACAACAACAUCAACAAAUUUAUGAUUCCUAUGGACAACAAAAUAUCUAUGCUAAUUAUGGAACUGGUGUUCCAUCAUAUGGGGUUAAUGCUUAUUCUAAUGUUGAUCCUUAUGCAACAUGGAAUAGUUAUCAAUACAAUCAAUCAGGUAAUCAAGGAAACUAUUCUUAUGGCGGUUCUGAUCCAGUAGGCAUUCCAAAUUCAGUGACAUUAUCGUAUCCUCAAUAUUCCCAACAGUCGAAUUCUCAAUAUUCCUAUGGCCCAUCAAAUGCAGCCAAUCCUAAUGAAUACUAUCCUCAUUAUGGUUAUGGUGCUACUCAUGCAACAUCAAAUGUCUACGCAGCAGAUCCCAAUGUCUAUGGUGGCGGUGGUGGUGUUGGUGCUUAUGAGUAUAACCCUUAUUAUACAUCUGGAGGUGUCAAUGCUAACAAUGCCAUAGUUGAUAAUGGUACAGGACAACAAGGAGAUAAUUCGCCGAAUGAUCCAAAUAAUUAUGAUCAUGAUAAUCAUUAUGGAAAAACUAAAGCAUCUAUUGUGUCCAAUUCAAAUUAUCAUGCAUAUCCAAUUAUCUAG